UCGUUAGCUGUUUAGAUUUAACAAUUCUUUUAAAAUGAUCUUUCACUUAGAGGCAGAGUCAUUCGGCGCAGAGCCGCUAGGGGAUGCAGCCCCUGCAGAUGCAGACCCUGAAGAUGCUAGAGGCAGGUCGUCAUCUUCAUCUUCUAAGAAGAGAGGUCCUACGCGAGGUUCAGAAUUACAUGAGAGAACUUCAGUGAAAAGGGUCAUUGGAAUUAAUGAAUUUGGGCAACCGAAUAUAGGGGAUGCAAAUCAGAUCGCAUUCAAUUCAAGCAUUGGUGUUUUCACCCAUGCACACAUUCCGAUCACCUACACAGACUUUCUGUUGGUGCCUCCACAAUACAUUCAGAGGGUCAGUGAUAUCCUGGCAUGUACUUAUGAAUUUCAGGAUAACCAAGAAGCGUGGUCACCAUACGUACUGUUGGAAAGGCAGGGGUGGCACUCGCCUCAGGCGGAGGCACGGGUGCGAUCGGCGGAACAGGAGUCUCCGAAGCCAGAACUGCAGGCUGAGGAGGGGGGUGGGGGAACCGAAUAUAUUAAGGACAAGGAUCCUGUAGUUGUGAAAUCUUAUCCUGCCCCUAUUGGUGUCUCUAUUGAGGAUUGGAUGAUCUUCAUGGAUUAUUGCAAUACUGAUAAAUUCAAGGAAUCAAGUGUAAGAAAUGCAUCCAAUCGGGCCAAACAAGUUGGCCCUUCUACACUUGGUCGGCGUAGCAUGGCUGCCACACGUCAUGAGAUGGCAAUUGAGAGGAAUCUUACUACUGAUGCCGAGGUUGGUAGGGCUGAGGUGUACAUCCGAGCCCAUACAACAAAGGAUAACAAAGUGCAGUUUCCAGAAACCUUUGAAAAAAUAAAAUCGAUUCAAAGUAGUAAUCCCGCAUCUCGGAUGACCAGUGUAAAUGAUGCCCUUACACAGUCAAUUGGGAGUGAUAGUAGAGGGCGCAUGCGGGGGAUAGGUGGGAAUGUAGGCAAGAUUACAUUGAAGAAGACAAUGCCUAUUGUACAUAAGCUCGGUGUGGUGUCGCGGGAAUGAGAUAAUUUGGUAGAUAAAUUAGAUGAAAUGCAGAAAAGCCUAGGAGAUCUCCACCAGAAGUUUCAAUGCUUUGUAGAUAAGCAAGGGGAACAAGGGGAUGUGGCUCCACCGACAAUUCCUCCAUUUAAAUCUAGUCAUGCAUCGUCGCCUGAUUUGGUAAAUCUUGGCAAGAGAUGCGAUCUCUGUGAUUGGAAGAAAUGGGUAAUUGCUCGUGGUGAGGUGCAUGCAGUGGAUCCAAAAACCCGUGUCCAUGGAGCAGAAAUGGGCGAUGGAAAUUUUAGUGUUGUCCUGAUGGAGAUUAUAGCUCCGCAAUCAGAGCUAUGGAAGGAAGAUGGUUAUCAUGAUACGCUUGGAGAGGUCGGUGUAGGAGGAUUUGUCGUAUGGCCCAAGCUAUUUCUAACCAUCUAUCCAUGAUGUUUAUGAAUAUUAGACAUUACAAUAACUAACACAAUUAACUUUUGUUUUUAAACUAUAUCGUAACAUAGACAGAUGCAUGCAUAUUAUGGAAUCGAAUGAAUUUAACACUCACUUCAGAUUACACCCA